AGAAGAAUAUGCACUUUGUUAAAGCGAACUGCCGAAGGAAAAUCCCAUGGCGGCAUAGGAACAGCACAUCAAUGCACCAGAAAGAUUCUGGAUAAUUGUCUCGACGUAACUUCCAUUAAUUUUUCUAUUUUCCUCUUCUGUAGACCAUACGAUUCUCGAGAAGACGGGCAAGUUUCGAUAUCGGGAAGUACUCCGUAGGGACUUUUCAAUGAUCGUGAAACUCUGGACGAGAAACAGCUGCGUCAAAGGAAUUAUCACUUCGAGGGGCCACCAGCUGGGUUGCCUUUGUUUGCUGCUGUUUUUGUAGCCGUAUCUUUUGGUCUCCUCCUUGACUUCUGCGGAUGAUUCUGGAUCUGGAUAUGCUUACUACCGAAUCGAGAAGUGGUUUUGGUGUUUGAGAUGCUUGUGGAGCUUCUUUUUGAAGAAUGGUGAACUGAAUUUUUGACUUUGGAUUUCCAUUCCUAUGAGGUGGAGUAGCUGUCGGGGACUCUUGGAAUCAAUAUGAUGGAUCAGUUCAUCAAUUUUGUUAUUCGGCCUCCUAGGGCGGAUUAUAACCCUGAUCAAUAUUUAUGGGAGAAAAAUUUCACUCUUGCGGGUAGAGCAUACCAACGACAGGAUUUGGAGCUAAGAAAUUCAAGGGGCCAUGCCUUGCAAUGCAGUCAUUAUUUGCCUUCACCUAUUCCUGAAGAUACCCCUCUGCCAUGUGUCAUAUAUUGCCAUGGUAACAGUGGAUGUAGAGCAGAUGCUAAUGAGGCUGCUGUCAUCCUACUUCCAUCAAAUAUUACUGUUUUUACGCUUGAUUUUUCGGGUUCAGGCUUAUCUGAUGGAGAUUAUGUCAGCCUUGGUUGGCAUGAGAGAGAUGACCUCAAGGUUGUGGUGACAUACUUAAGAAGCAACAAACAAACAUCCCGUAUAGGUCUCUGGGGAAGAUCCAUGGGUGCUGUAACUAGCCUUCUAUACGGAGCUGAAGAUCCUUCCAUAGCUGGAAUGGUGCUUGACAGUGCCUUUUCUAACCUUUACAAUCUAAUGAUGGAACUAGUUGAUGUUUACAAGAUCCGACUACCUAAAUUCACGGUGAAGGUGGCUGUUCAAUACAUGCGGAGGGUAAUUGAGAAGAAGGCAAAGUUUGAUAUCAUGAAUCUUAAUUGCUUACAGGUGACCCCAAAAACUUUCAUUCCUGCUUUAUUUGGGCAUGCUAACUGUGACAAGUUCGUUCAACCUCAUCACUCCGAACUCAUCUAUAAUUCAUAUGCGGGGGAUAAAAAUAUUAUAAAGUUUGACGGGGAUCAUAACUCGUCAAGACCACAGUUCUAUUAUGACUCAGUUUCUAUUUUCUUCUAUAAUGUUCUUCAUCCACCUCAGUUACCUUCUGCUCAUGCAAGUAAGCUUGAGAAAUAUUAUGAUUUAGGGGAUUUGAAGAUUGGGCCUGAUAUGGAUGAGAAUCUAAUAUAUGACAUAAUAUCGAGUCUUCGUUCUACUGGAAAUGAUGUUGCUGGUUCAUCUUCUGCUCCUAGUGUUCCAACCACGAAAUCUGUUGGUGACCUUAUUUCUGAAAUUCCUUCAGUGAUCACAGAAAUUGAUACCAUGCCUAAUGACUAUAGUUCAAUCAACAGCGACGAGCCAUCACAUCUGCAGGACCAGCUAAAUGAUGAAACUGAAGAAUGUUGCUCGUAUACGAGUUCGAAUAGAGAAAGCUGGGGUAGAUGCUCUUCUCUAGGGGGCAGUGAUGAAGAAUCUUCUGCUGGCGUGGUUUCUAAGAAUAAAUUUAAGGAGACUCUAGAAGUAUUUCCAACACCUCUUCGAGGCACCGAAGGUAAACCAUCAGAUUCGUCGAGAGAUGACCAAAAGAAAAACAAAAAGAAGAAAGUUGCAACGUCCCAAAAGCCGAAGAAAUCAAAAACUGAGAAACUAGAAGCCCUUAGUAGACACAUUCGGCUUUGCAUUUUAAGGCGAGUACAUCGUUGAAGAUGCUCCUUUAUGACGUACCUUGUACCGUACCCACAACAAUGUAAAAUUCCGGCCAUCGUCCCUUUAGAUUUUAGCUGUAGCUUCCCCAACCCAACACAACAACAAAAAGAACAAAGUUGGCAGUAACAAUUUGAAUUCUUGUUAGUUAAUUGUCAUGUGCGGCUUUUAUAUCACUUUGUUGCAUUGAUUACUUUAUGUAGGAGUUUUUGCUAAUGUUGAGAAGUGCAGAAUAGUACAUCUUGAUUGGAAA